AUGGACAGGAAUGUAGCUGUGGCAGAGAGAGAUGAAGAUGGUGAUGAGUUUGAAGAAAUAAUCAAAAAGGUUCAAAAGAUAAAACAUCCGACCAUUGAAGGUAGAUAUUACUAUCUUUACAAUGGAUUUUGGAUCACAGAUAGUUUAUUCAAAGGUGUGAUCUCAUUCCAAAAGCACUAUGUGGCAAAUGAUGAUGAUAUAGUCUUGGCUUCAUGUCCAAAAUCAGGUACUACAUGGCUAAAAGCUCUAACCUUUACAAUCACAAACCGCUCUCAUUUCACACUCUCUAAUACCCCUUUACUAGUUUCUAAUCCUCAUGAUCUUGUACCUGAAAUAAGCUUCAUUGAUCUUCAUACUCUUGAUGAUGAUCAUAAUAAGAGUUCACAAAGACUCUUUAGCACACACAAUGCAUACUCACUUUUACCACAUUCCAUUAAAAACUCCAAAUGCAAAAUUGUCUACAUUUGUAGAAACCCUUUGGAUCUAUUUGUGUCUCUCUGGCAUUUUUCACAAAAGUUUUCAGGAAGUAAGAUCGAACCCAGUAGCUUCGAAUUGUACUUUGACAACUUUUCUCAAGGAAUCCAUGCAUUUGGGCCAUUUUGGAACCAUGUUUUGGAGUUUUGGAAGGCAAGCCAAGAGCUGCCUCACAAGAUUUUGUUUUUGAAGUUUGAAGAUCUUAAGAAAGACAAUGUGUUCUUCAUCAAGAAAUUGGCUGACUUUUUGGGGUUUCCAUUUUCUUUGGAGGAAGAGCAACAAGGGUUGAUUGAAGAGAUUUCAAAGUUUUGUAGCAUUGACAGAAUGAAAAGCUUUGAGAUAAAUAAGGUUGGUAAGAAUGAUCCUAUGAGUAUACCAAAUAGCUCUUUCUUUAGAAAAGGUAAGGUGGGAGAUUGGAGGAAUUUUCUCACUCCCCAAAUGGUUGAGCGUGGGAAAAAGCUCAUCCAAGAGAAAUUUAAAGAUUCCAAUAUAACUUUUGAUUUUGAAUAA